UCUGCCAGAGACUUGUUAUACACUAUAUUAUCAACACUAUUAAUUCCAGGAUACCAAAUUGAAAAUUAUCAUGAAAAUGACGUCAAAAAACUCGUUUUAUGCAGAAAAUGUCAUUAUGUUGUAUUUCGAAAAGAACAAAUUUUAGUGUCCAAAUAUCACGAGAGACAGUUACAUAUACAUUAUGGUAACAACUCUUGGAAGCAAAUAUGGGUAUCGUGUCAGAUUUUAGGGUUUACGACGGAGACGAUGAUGAUGGCAUGCCUAAAUGCAGCUCCCAUAAUAAGCCUGGGGGGAGACCAGCGCCCCAGUCAGCGAGAAGUGUUGAGUCAUCACCAGGCAAUCAGUCCCCUUACAGCAUUAGUUAUUCCCACCCAGCAUCGGCUCUAUCCUAUUCCACUCCAAGAGUUGAUAAACAAAAGUCCGCAAAAUCAAGGGUCGGGUCCGGAUUCAACGUCGCCGUAUUUUCUUCUACAAGUUCAGCAAGUAGCGGCAGCUGGUUCAUGAGAAGACAGAGUAGACCAGAAUCUGAGGUGGUGGUGAAGGCUGCAGUCUCGCCCUGCACCACCCCGGUCCGGAAUGUAUCGAGGAAACUUUUCAUCAUAAGUCGUAACAGUCUCUGGCCGCCAUCUCCACUUAAACCAAUUGAGUUAUCCAGCCAAUACAAGCAGUCGGAGGACCAAACCUCACAACCAUACGAGGAUAGGAUGAGCCCAACCUUCAUCACUUUACCUAGCUCGGGAUCAGUCAUCCAUCCUAUCCCUCACAGUGACUGGAGGGAGUUUAGGCCACGUCCUUCAAGUACACUUAGGAUAUCCAGCAUGAGUCAGGUCCUGGCUCAGAGUCCAGCUACUCUACUGCUCAACACCAUCAUCCCUAGUGCUGGGAACACCUCCAUGCCUUCUGUGGACACCUGCUCACUCCACGGCUUCCUCAACGUUCCUUCCAAGAUAAAGAGUUCGACCAACAGUGAACCUGAUGUCAACAUGGGCCUGGGCGUGAGGGUGGGCGUGUCGUCGUCGCGGGCGGAUCUGGUGCUGGAGGACGGAGGAGGAGGAGGAGACGAGGAGGAAGAGAAAGUGGGAGACUGCGGCUGGCUGUGUCUGCGGCCGCAGUGGCUUCAGCAGACCCGCACCGCCAAGUGGGUUCUCUUUUGGCUGUGCUGGGCUGCGGCGGCACAAGGUUUGAUAGCUGGAGCGUAUGACAUGGCAUCAGUGUUGUGUUCAGUACCUGUCUCGUACCUGGGAUCACGGCCAGGCAGCUCUAAGCCUCGCUGGUUGGGCUGGGGAGUGUUCAUUUUAGGCCUAGGCUCCUUCGUCUUUACCCUCCCGCACUUCGGCUCUCCUGCCUACAACCCCAGCAGCAGUGAUUUUACCUCCAUUCUCUUUUGUUUGCGUGAGGGCACCCGGGAGACUCACUGCGGUGUGGCGGUGGAGAACUGGUUGUCAUCGUUCCGUCACAUCUUUGUGUUGGGUCAGUUCCUACAUGGUGUGGGAGCCACGCCGCUCUACACCCUGGGCAUCACCUACCUGGACGAGUCUGUUCCAGUCAAGAUGUCCUCUAUGUAUCUAGGAAUCUUCUACGCCAUGGCUGUCCUGGGACCUGCCCUCGGCUACCUCUUGGGAGGUCAGUUCCUCAAAGUGUACAUUGAUGCUCCAUCUGUCGACCCAACCAGACUUGGACUGCGUGCCAACAGUGACCUGUGGCUUGGUGGCUGGUGGAUAGGCUUCCUGGUCUCCGGGACAAUAUCCAUCCUCAUCUCCUGGCCUAUCAUGGCUUUCCCCUCACACCUCCCAGGUGCCAAGGCCAUCAAGGCUGAGAGAGUGUCUGAGGCCUACGCCACUGGGUCCUCCAGCACUCCUGCUGCUAGUGGGUUCGGACGCUUGAAGGACCUGCCUGGUGCUGUGCGGGUGCUGGCUUGUAAUCCUACCUUCGUAGCACUCUCCCUGGCCGGGGCUACUGAAGGCAUCCUACUCACCGGAUUCGCCACCUUCAUGCCAAAGUUUAUAGAAAAUCAAUUCAGCAUUCCAGCCAGUUAUGCCGCACUCAUUGUCGGGUUCGUGGUGGUGCCAGCAGGCGGGGGCGGCACCUUCCUGGGAGGCUGGCUGGUGAAGAGGCUACAGUUAAGAUGUUCUGGGAUCCUGAAAAUGUGCAUCAUCUUCUCCUUCAUCUGUCUGCUCUCCUGUUUCACCUUCGUCAUCUCGUGUCCCAACAUUGACUUCGCAGGUGUCAACGUCGACUACAGUAAUAAGUCUGUAAUACCAAGUUGGCCCAACCUGACAUCAUGGUGCAAUAAUGAUUGUGGAUGUCAAGAUGUUGCUUAUGAUCCUGUGUGUGGCACCAAUAAUGUCAUGUACUUCUCGCCCUGCCAUGCUGGCUGCACUGGCAUGCAGAAGGGUCAGGAUGGUCUCAAGGUCAGGUUAGGUGAGGUUAGCAGACGGCCUAGGUUAGGUCAAAAGAAAUUAGGAGGCAUUCAAGGUUAUAUUAGGAGAGGUCAGGCGAUGUCAAAGGUCAGUAGAAGUGAAAAGAUAACGCGAGACAUCAUGAGAAGACAGUCAAGUCGGGCAAGAGAAGUGAAGAGGCUGCCGAGAUGUGUACCCGACUCCCACCGCUCCUUUGCCCUGGGACUUCAGUGGAUCGUGGUUCGUCUGCUGGGCACCAUCCCUGGACCUAUACUCUUUGGUGCCCUCAUCGAUGAUACCUGUAUAUUGUGGCAGUCCACCUGUGGCAAGGGCGGGGCAUGUAGAAGCUAUGAUAACUUCUAUAUGAGCAGGUUAGUGGUUGCUACCUGUGCAUGUGCAGAUGACGAAGCUGCCAUUAUUCCUUUAAUAGUGAUGAAAUGA